AAUUAAAAAGUGAUUGUUAUAAAUUAUUAAUUAAGAAAUAUUUUUGUUUGUAAUAUUAAUUAAUAUUAAAGGAAUAAUAAUGAGUAAUGAAAUAUUGGAAGAUAAUGAUAUUUAUGGAGGAUAUGAUGAUUAUUCUUCAAUGUUUAGCACUAAAAAUCAGAAUAUAGCUUUUCAAGAUGCACUGGAAAUGAAUAACAUCAGGAGGAACAUUACAACUCCAAGAAUGCCUCCUGGUACUGCUAUGCGGUUGGGUACAUCAACUGGAUUCCAUCGUACGGGAGCUGGAAUUACAGGCCGACCGGGAACUGGACUGAGACCAAUGACAGCAGUACGUGGUGCCGGAUAUACUAGUAGUCGUCAAACGACAUUCGAUCCUCUGAAUAUGCGUAGUAAUUCACGUGGUCCAGCUCCACCUUUAGAUUCUGGUAAAGAAGACACUCCAGAGGGAAAAAUAAAAAAUGGUGAAAGAAAAAUAAUGGAAUUAAUUGAAAGUUCCGCGGAGGCUGCUAGUGAAAAUAAUAUGCGGGUCGCAUUAGAGAGAGCUAGAGAAGCUUCUUCACGGGAAAAAGUUUUGAUUCGAUUACAAGAACAGGCUGGAUUAAGUGAUAGUCAUAAUCUAGAUUUGACUUUUGCUGUUCUAGUUAACUUAGCAACUCAGUAUACUAAUAAUGAAAUGUAUACGGAAGCAUUAGCAACAUAUCAAGCAAUAACUCGAAACAGAAUGUUUAACAACAGCGCAAGAUUAAAAGUUAACAUGGGUAAUAUUUAUGUAAAAAUUGGACAGCUUUCGCAAGCCAUUAAAAUGUAUCGAAUGGCUUUGGAUCAAGCCCCGGGAGCUCAUAAAGACCUGAGGAUAAAGAUAAUGCAUAAUAUAGGGAUGUUAUUUGUCCAAAUGGGUCGUUUGGAAGAAGCGGCGAAUAGUUUUGAGUGGGUGAUGCGAGAAAGAACUGAAUUCAAAGCUGGGUUACAUGCGAUCUUAUGUCACUUUGCAUUGUGCCAUCGAGAUAAAAUGAAGCGAGGAUUUUUAGAGUUACUGGAAGUUCAACUUAAUACGGAUCAAGAAGAUAAAUAUUCAAUUACUACUGAUGAUGCAGUAAGUAAUAUACUUAACGAAAUAAUAAAAACAGAUCAGUUGUCAAUAUUAGAAAAUGAUAUGAAAUCAGAAGCAGAGAAAUCGAUAUUAAGCGCUGCUAAAUUGAUCGCUCCAGUAAUUGAAGAUACUCUAACAGCAGGAUUUUCUUGGUGUGUCGACGCAAUAAGAUCAUCGUCUUACAGUUCUCUCGCCCCAGAUUUAGAAAUAAAUAAAGCAAUGGUACUGCUGCAUAAUCGAGAGACUUCAUUGGCAAUUGAUACACUAAAAAUGUUUGAAAAUCGGGAUAUUAAAUCAAAUAGUGCAGCAUCGACUAUGCUAUCAUUUAUAUACUUCCUCCAAGGUAAUUAUGAAUUAGCCGAACGUUGUGGUGAAGCAGCUCGUAACGCUGAUAGCUAUAAUGCUGCAGCUUACGUAAAUCUUUCAGCAUGUGCGAUAAAAAAAGGUGAAUUAGACAGAGCGAGAGAAUUAUUAUUGUGCGCACUUGACAGCGAUGCAAGUCAUGUACAAGCUUUAUAUAAUUUGGGAUUAGUUUAUAAAAAGCAGGAAUGGUAUGAAGAUGCACUUGAAUGUUUUUGGAAGUUACGAAACAUCGUGAGAUAUGAUCCACUAACAUUAUACCAAAUAAGUCAUGUUCACCAGCUUAUCAAAGAAACAGACCAGUCUUUAGAAUGGUAUAAUCAGUUAUUAGGAAUUGUACCAUCUGACCCUGGAGUGUUACAAAAAUUGGGAGAAAUGUAUGAUAGUUUAGGAGACAAGCAACAGGCAUAUCAGUAUUAUAGUGAUUCUUACAGAUACUUUCCAGGUAAUUUUGAAGUUAUCGAUUGGCUUGGAUCUUACUUCAUUUCGAUGCAGGUCGCCGAAAAAGCAUUGCCUUUUUUUAAGAGAGCAGUUGAAUUAGCUCCGGAUCAACCCCGUUGGCGAUUGUUAGUGGCUGCUUGUUUGAGAAGAACUGGACAAUUUCAUAAAGCGUUAGAAGAAUAUCAGGAUAUACAUGACAAAUUUCCUGAGAAUAUCGAGUGUCUUAAAUUUUUAAUUAGACUAUGUAGUGAUUUAGGUUUGAAAGAAGCUCAAGUGUAUGCUUCAGAAUUGAAAAAAGCUGAGAAAGCUAAAGAAAUGAGAGAACGUCAAGGGUCUGCUAGACCAGGGACAACGGGUUCUCGAAGAAGUAAUAGUGGUAAUUCCUCUCGAGGUGGUUCUGGAAUCAGUAUGCAAUCAGAUUAUAAAUCAAGUCCAAUUGCAAGUCGGAAAGAAGCGCGCUCGUCUUUUAGUAACGGAAAUUCUCGUUUGAGCCGAGUUAAUACUUUAGAUAAUUUUGAUCAUAUUUUACCAGAGACACCAAACGAUAUGAUUUAUUCCGAUCCCGUGGGCCCAUUGCCGACGCGACCUAUGACGGCCGCUGGAAAAAGAGACGAAGACUUUGGCGACGAAGAACUGGGUGAUGAUUUAUUGCCUGUAUAGUUUUAAUAUUUUAAAAAUUAACAUAAUGUGUAAGUCGCUGAUUGUUUUAUUAAUUUUAUCUAAUUAAUGGUUAUUAAUGUUUGUAAAUAAACUUAUUAUUAAAACUUCUAUCAACAUGGAAAA